UCAUUCACAUCUGUUUUCAUAAAAUUGUUGUUAUAGUUUGUGUAUAAACGUAAUUUAUUCUCAAUUUAUUUAUUGAUUAGUGUUAGAAUUAAUUUAAAACGGUUGUUUGAGUGAUUGUGUUAUCAAGUAAUGUUUGUUUGGGUCCUUAUUUAUUUUUUUUACUUGUGACGUCAUUGUUUUCAACUGCCAGUAUAAACGACGCAAUAACUUAAAAUUUCGAAAAUGGACUUAAAAUGAGGAUUGUUUUCGUAAACAAGGUCAGGCCACGCAAUGUCGGCGGAGUCCCCGCGGCACGCGCGGGCGGGUGGGCCGCUCACGGUGCCCGCUCAGCCGCCCAGCGACCGCGGCCUCAUCGACGCGGUGUCGGGCUUCAUCAACGACGUCACGCUUUCCUCCUCCUCCACCGCGGACCCUAAAGACGUCAUACAAUGGGCUCGUUUCGAGACAGCAGACAUAAACGAGCCGACUCCCGAAGGCGACUGCGACACCGACAUCUCCCCCCUGCUUUUGAUCCUGGGCUACGGCUCCGGAGUCCAGGUCUGGUUGAUCCCCCCCAGCGGGGAAGCGCAGGAGGUUCUGUCAUGGCGUCAAGGCACAGUGAGGGUGCUCCGUAUACUGCCGACCCCGCAGCACGGCGACUGUUUCACGUCGAAAAGGCCCCUCAUAGCCCUGUGUGACUCCGCGAGCCCCGGACCCACGUUCUGCUCUCUCAGCUUUAUAUCUAUAAGAGGAGGGGAGCAGGUGAAGAGUAUAAAAUUCAAAAAUCCAAUCCUCGACGUACUGGCCAACAAGCGGUCUGUGGUGGUGGCCUUUUCUGAGAGAUUCGCCGUGUUCGACGCGGGGACGUUAGAGGACAGGAUGGCCAUAACGACUUGCUAUCCGUGCCCGUGCCCCUUGGGAGGUAGCCAGCCCAUCAACCCCUUGGCGCUGGGAGACCGCUGGCUUGCGUAUGCUGAUAAGAAACUUCACCCUUCGAAAAGAAGCAGUGGCGGAUGUGAAGGUGAAGGUGUAACGAGCUAUACAGCCACUGUCCUGCACGCAGCGAAGUCUCUCAGCAAGGGCCUACGAGGCCUUGGAGAAAGUGUGGCCCACAGUUUAGCAGGGGGGCGAAGCACUUCGCAGUCGCCGUCGCCGCCCAAUAGCGACGCACAGCAGGCGGGCGUCGUCACCAUCCUAGAUAUAGAGAGCAAUGAAUAUGACGACGGCCAAGACAACGAGGACCCGUACGACCCCAUGGUGGCCCACUUCUUGGCGCACUCCGAGGCUAUCAUAGCGUUGAAGUUCGACUCCAGCGGGAUGCUGCUGGUGACCGCGGACCGCCGCGGGCACGACUUCCACGUGUUCCGCAUCAACCCGCACCCCUGCGGCCCGAGUCUCGCCUCCGUGCACCAUCUGUAUAUACUGCACAGGGGGGACACUACGGCCAAAGUGCAGGACAUCGCAAUAUCUCCAGACUCGCGCUGGACGGCGAUCACGACGCUCCGCGGCACCACGCACGUGUUCGCGAUCAGCCCGUACGGGGGCGCGUGCGGCGUGCGCACGCACACGCAGCCGCGCGUCGUCAAUCGCCUGUCGCGCUUCCAGCGCUCCGCCGGCCUGCCCAUACACGCGCAGACACCGCGCUCCGGCAGCCCCGUGAGUACAUACUACGCGUCGCGAUCAGCCCGUACGGGGGCGCGUGCGGCCCCGUACGGGGGCGCGUGCGGCGUGCGCACGCACACGCAGCCGCGCGUCGUCAACCGCCUGUCGCGCUUCCAGCGCUCCGCCGGCCUGCCCAUACACGCGCAGACACCGCGCUUCGGCAGCCCCGUCAGCGAAUGCCUCGGGCAGGGCGCAUGGUUCCCCAACCCGCGCUUGCCGCCGUACCCGCUGCCGUGUCUGUGCUCGCCGCUCGCGCAGCUGCGGCCCACGGCCAACCUGCCCACGCGCACCAUCACCCGCACCAGCUCAGGCCGGCAACGCUUGUCGUCCCUGUCGGAGGACUGCAACAGCGCGCCGCUGCCAGCUCGCGCGCGCUUCGGGCUGUCUGUGUGCAGCGCGGCAACGCCGCGCGCGCCCGCCAUGCCCGCGCUGUAUCUCGUCACGCACACCGGCGGCCUGCUGCACCUAGUACUGCACGCCCGCCCCCAGAGGAGUAUCCCGAAAGAAAAAGUGUGCGACGAGUCUCCGAUCGAGGUAGAGGUGGAGCACGUGGCGCAGUGGGCGCUGGCGCGGCCGCCGCCGCCCGCGCCCGACCUGCUGGCGCCGCUGCCGCCCACCAGCCCGCUGCUGCAGCCGAUAGGCAACAAGGUCAGUUUAAGCUGUGCGGACAUAUGCAUGAGCGAAGAAGAGCGCUGGCUGUCGCAAGUGGAGAUAGUGACCCAUGCCGGGCCCCACAGGAGAUUGUGGAUGGGGCCUCAGUUCAUCUUCAAAACUUAUAACACCACUGGGUCGAACUCAUCUCUCUCCGAAGUGGAGGCCGUGGAAGUGGACACGAGCGCAGCGGGAAGCGUGGCGCGCUCCAACCCCGUCAACAUGCCGGGUGUGCGGCCCGUGGUGCCCGUGGUGGUCGACUCAGGCUCCGCCAGUUCCCUCGAGCACUCCCCGUCGGACAGUUUCCGGCGCAAAUCGUUGCUGGCCGACAGCGGCCGCGCGUCCGUGUGCGACGUGCAGCUGCGGGAGGACCUCGCCGAGGCCAUGAAGGAGGACCACGGGUGGCCGCGGGAGGAGGCGCGGACGGUGCGGCGCUCGGGGGGCAUGGGUGCGGGUGUGGGCGUGCGGCGCGCCGUGGACCCGCUCGGCACCGUGGUGCCGCGCGCCGAGCCCGAGCCCGGCCCCGAGCCCGCCGACCCCGACCUGUACACGCAGGCCAACGCCGACGAGGGCCGCUUCCGGCCCGUCGUGCGCGCGCCCGCCGCGUUAGGCCUGCCCGCGCACGUCAUCGCGCGCCCGCUGCCGCGCGACACCACCAUCCCCGUGCAGACCGUCGCGCCCACCGCACACCUCACCCCCGACGACGAGCCCGUGCCGCUCAACACCGACGUGGUCAUCCCCGCCGCGCUCACUGCCGUGCCCGUGCCCGUGCCCGUGCCCGCGCCCGCGCGGGACUCCGGGUUCGUACCCGUCGAGCGCGCCCUCCAGCGCGCCGAGCGACCGAGCGUUCCCCCUGUAGAUGUGGUCGAUGCUAGACCCGACGUAGAUAAAGAUCUCGAGCGAGAGAGUGAUGUAUGGAAGCGUGAGGACCCGAGUGUGAGCUCGGCCCCGGCCGAGCGCGAGAGCAAUAAGGAAUCACUGCCAAAAUCGAAUCGGGCCUCGGAUGAUAUUCAACCGAUCGCCCGAGCUAGAGUUAAGAAAUCUCCCACCCCAAAGUCAGUUAGUGAUAGAGAUAGUGAAGUUAAAAUUAAGGAUAAACCUAGAGAUAUUAAGGAACGGGAAAAUAAUACCGAAGGUGCUAGUAGGGAUGAGUGCGAGCUCAAGGAAUCGAGGGUUCCGAGAAAGAUGGAGGUCAAGCCCGAUGUUGUUGUUGUUGAUGAUGGAAUAGUAGAUAAGCGAGCCGUGUCGGUUGUUAAAGCGGAAGCGCCAGUCACGAACACCGUUGCGGUCCACAUGGAGGACACUCGUCCAAAAUCCAAGCAUCUGGAUAAAACUGAAAAAUCAAAGGUAACUGAAGAUAAUCGCGAUAAAUCCAAAAAAGGCGAUAAGAAUGAGACGUUGACUAAGGACACUCAAGAUAAAUCUAAAAAAGUUGACAAAGGCGCAACAGAAGAAACCUACGACAAGACUAAAAAGAAUAAUAAAAUUGACCCUAUAAAGUCAGCUAUGGAUGAAGGCCGUGAAAAGACCAAAAAAAAUGAAAACGUAAAACCAGUUACAGAAGGAGCUUCUGAAAUGUUAAUUAAAGUUGAACAUACGGAUGUUGCAAAAGCAGAAGAACAAGCUUGGGAUUUGCUUUUCAACGAAUCAGAAAGGCCUGCAGUUUUGAACGUGACGCAACAAACUAUUGUAACUGACAAAUUCGAUGAUAAACCGAAAUUCAAGAAAACUCGUAAAGGUAAAAAAGGGCAAGAAGAUCUGAAAGGUAAAGAUGAUGAAGACAGUUUUAUAGAGAUUCACGCGAUUGAUGAAGCUAAAACACCUUCUUGUGGCGAGCUGGUAUCCAUUUCCACGCCAUUCGAGGACAUCGAUUCGACUAGUUCUUAUUUGGCAAAAUUAAAGAAACCUCGUUCAUCCAGGAGUUUCACUUCUGAAAAGGAUGAUGAAUCAGAGGCUAAGGCAGUUGAAUGCUUCCCUGAUGAUGACUAUGAACUUACUUCACUUAAACUGAAGAGCAGGAAGAAUUCUUCUGUAUCAUCUUUCAUGGAGGGUUGGCCUGAACCGAGUCCUGUCAAAAAAUCUACCCCAUUGCCAAUAGAAAAACCAUCAUCAAGUCACCUGAAAGUAAAACAUGAUGUUUUAAGUACUAGUGAAAUCUCAUCCACUUUGCCUAAAGACGUCCCAAAAACGAAGAAGAGCAAAUCAUUGUCUCCAUAUGCCGAUGCCGGUAGAAAACAUGGUGACAAAUCAUUUGAAGCCGAGAAAAAAGAUGUCUACGUUAUCGAUUCUACAAAUGACGACUUUCCUGAAAUUCAAAUUACCAGAGGCAGCAAGACCCGUAAGUCACCUCAGCCGAUGGAAAGAAAAAGCGAGGCAAAAGAGAUUCUUCAAGAGAAACCAAUAAAAUCCUGGAGUUCCAUAGCUGCUACGAGAAACGACAAAAGAGAUGAACCUACUAUGACUUUGAAAAAAUAUGAAAGACGUGACUCUUGGGAAGAACCUCAUGUAAGUACUAGUUUAGAGAAUCCGAAGUCUUUCAAAGACGAUCGUGUGUCCUUGCAGGAUAAACUUAUCGAACUCUGCAAGAGAACUGACAUUAUGGUUGCAGAAUGUGACUCUCCAAAUGAGCUUAACUUUAUUGAAGAACACCACACAGAUCUGCACGAUCUGCCACCGUUAGAACCCUUAGAUUUCGGCUUGGACGACUACAAGCUUGAAGUCAUGAAAGACAGUUUUUUGGAAGUAAACGAUACAAAAAUCAGUAGCCCGAUAUGCAAAAUAAACAUUGACGAUAUACUAUCGUCUAUUAAAGAUACCACAAGCAAAGUCAUAGAAUCGAGUACCUUCAAUUUAGUCGAUUUGGAGAAGGUGCCAGCCAGGAAGGAAAAAGGUUUUAGUGUUAUCGAAAGUCAUAAGAUUACGACUCAAGAGGUAAAAAUAGAUGAUGAAAGCAAAGAAGGGGAGAGUUCAACGAUGGAAAAGUCGUCAGACGACGACAACGCGUCGCCCCUGGUGUCCACCGACAGCGACAAGGAAGACAAGCGGACGGCCGGUGCUGCAAGUGUGCUCCUCCCUUCCGCAAAACAAUCAUCCAAAUGUAAGAAAUCGCGUAGAAAGAAGAAGUAACUCAGUAUGUGUUCAAAAUCAUAAUAGCUUCAUUUAUAUUAUAGUGUCGCAAUGUCACAUCGUAAAUAUCAAUAUUUGAUGCUAAUAGGGGGUAUUACUGAAAUGUUCUGCCACCAGAGUGCAGCACUAGCCUCUUUAGUAAACCAUAGAGUAACUUAUACAUACUGUGCCUUUAACAGUUUUCUGACAAGUUUUUAGAGAUAAUAAAAUCCCACUGAUGCAUCAAGGCGGUUUGUUUACAGAGGACCUGCCGGGAAACGCGAAUCCGAAAUUUCGCUAUCUGCCUCUUUAUCGCUCGAAUAUGCAAGAGUGACAGAGAUGUUAGAUAACGAAAUUUCGAUUUUCUUGUUUCGCGAUAGAUCCUCAGAUUGUAGUAGUGGCGCCCCCUAUGCAGAGUUUCGCGUAAUAUUCCCUAUUACAAAAAUACCAUUAAUAGGUAUGAACGGUCAAACUUCAUAAAUAUUUUUAACCACUAUGAUUUUCAAACUUACUUUUAACAUAAAAUUUUCAAAAAUUAUCUAAUUAUGCCACAAUAAUAAAAAAAUAAAAAAUAAAAAUACAUAAAAAUCAUUGAAAAUGACAAAAAUAUUGUUAACGUUUUAUUUAUGAAGAUAGUUAUAAUAGCGAGCGAUCUUGCGUUUUGUUAAUGUUUUUUGAUAAAAAUGUUUAACGGUAUCGUCUGAACAAUUUUAUCAGAAACUAUCUUCAUAAAAAAUAUAGUUAAGCAUUACAACAGUGCUGCUACAGUACUUAUUUUUUAGAUUAUUUAAUUACUUUAUACAUAAUGUUGUAGUGUUUGCAGUAAACCUCAAUGACGGACACUACGUUAGACACUAUUUUGCUUUCAUUACCAACGCAUGCAAAUGUAAUAAACCUUCUUGGCUCUGCUAUAGUCGAGUAUCUGUUAGGCCAAUACGACAAGAAAGUACCUCAUUAUUUACCAUUUUAAAAACCUUAAUCAUAUUUUUUUGCGGUAUCUAAUAGAAUCUCGAAUGUGUGCUUGUUUCAGCUAUUUCGAUAUUCAUAAUUGUAUUUUAUUACCAUAUACCUCAACAUACGUUGACUGAGAAGCAUAGGUAAGGUACUGCCCAGUAACUAAUUCCAUGCAACUGAUGCUUAUGCCGUAAUAUGAGGGAUAGUACUAACUCCCCAAUUACUCACUAAUGGCCUAAUCCUGAUUCUACAAGUUUGGUGAUACUGAAAUUUGAACUUAAAUCUACAAAUCAAAUUAUCAAUAUACCAGUUAAGCAAGUGCCGUAGAAGUUGCUGUCAUUAUCCAAUGGUGUUUUCAAAUUCAAUUCAAUAUAUUUUAUUUCAGACCUUGUCCAUAGUGUUAGUGUACAUUUCCUUAAGCCUAUGUUAGUUAAACCUAUACUAACUUAUAAACUAAGCCUCUGGAUCCCAUAUGUACAUUGUUCCAAUGUUUCCAGAAGGCCCAAGCAGGCAACUCUAACACUAGGCGCACACACACACAUACAGACACAUACAGAUACAUUGUACGGAUUAAAUAGAUAUGCUAUGCCCUUGUAGGGCUCAGGGCCUGACUUAGAGUUCUGACCGUCCUAGGCUGACUAUGUAUAUCCGCCCCCCGCUUGUCUCAACUCAGAGCCACCGCCGCGCCCCCUUGCGCGCCCCCUUGGUCCUUGCGCCCUAGGCUUUAGCCUGUGGGUAAAUCAGGCCCUGGUAGGGCUCAUGUUUAAAACAUCUCAUUUGUUAAAUUACAUAACCCAUUUAUACAACACGAUUGCAAAUAAAGAACUUGAAACAGUGUUGAAGGUAGCAUAUUCUAAAAACAGAUUCUAGGUUCAAAUAAAUGUACAUUCAAAUUGAAGCAAAUAUGGCUGCUUAAGAUUUCAGUUACAUGGAAGUAAUGUACCCUGUGGUUAUAGUAUAUAUGAGUAUCGGUCCAAUUCGCACUGGCCCGCUAAGUGAGACGGAAGCUUCUAGCCCGCGAAAUCUGUGCACGGUGACCACUCUCAUAGUCACAACUUGCUUGUGAAGAAGUCACUCGGUAUAAAAUACCUUCUCUUAUACACGGCUGUCUUUAUGUACAAAUACUUUAAAUAUCCAGCAAGUAUUAAUUUAGAAGUUUUGUUUUUAUAUUAAGUUUUAUGUUGAAUCAUGACAAAUAUUUAUUUUUUCUAUCUUAGCUUUUAUUUCGUGUAGAUGUUUAAUUAACUUAUAAUAUUUAGUUAAUACUUUUAGUAUUGAAUUAAUAGUGAUGAGUGCAUAAUAUUUAUAAUCAUGAUCACUUUCUUAACUGAAAUUAUUUACUUUUUGCUCAUUUCUUGGAAAUAGGUUAAGUGAUGAAAUAAAAAGGCAUCUAUGUAAUAAUAAAAAGAAAAAAUAUACAUACAGCGUUGCAUCUACAUACUUUUACUGACUUUUGGCAAGAAACUUUUAACAGCGACGUGGCCCUCAAUCUCUCGAUAGAUCGUUUUUGCUUUGGACGUAAUUUUAGUUUUAUUAAAGGACUUAAUUUGUGUUGAUAAAACAUAAGUGUUUCAGCUGUUGCGCAGCCACGCAAAAAUAACAAAACUUUAGGGGGUAGCGGGAUCAUUCGGAUGGCGUCGCAUCCUUUUUUGAAAUAAUAAUUUCGUACCUAAAAUUACAAUGUUUACACAACAUCAAGGUUCGCGAUUAGUGAAUCAUUGGCGGCCUUCAGUGACAAGCAAUGUAUGAAGUUCUGAUGACAUGUUCACACGUUACUCUAAAUGAUCUAAUUUAAUAAGAAAUAUAGCAAUUGUGGAAGGAUGUGUGCUUAGCAUAAUGUGUGUACCAUUUGAACUGAGAUAUCGAUUAACCUUUUGUAUUAUGCAUUGACAUUUUGUCUUUGGUUGACAAUAUGGUACCUUAUGUCCUACGAAAUCUACCAAGUUUACCAACCAAGUGUGUAAAGUCAUGUUAGUCCAAUACUCCUUAUUGGACUAACAUGAAUUAUUGUCUUGUACAAUCUAUGUGUUAUGUUUUCAUUAGAUGUACUGUAUCAGUCAUUAAUAUACAAUUACCGUUUUGUUUGAAAAAUUACAGAAUAUCGAAGACAUUACCAUAUUUUGUACGACAGUCAGAUCUCCGUCAAAGAAAAGUCUCAGCAAAAGCAUGAUGAUCGCGUUUUUAUCGUAUGUUUCGUAGCCGUGGCCUUCAAAAUAAAUAUCGAAGUGCGAGAGUGACACACGACACGAUAGACGAUAAAAACGCAACCAUCGCAUCCCUACCGAUGUAUCAUACAAAAAUAUUUACUGAAGUUUAAAUAAAAAUAAAGCCGUUUUUAUUGGCCGGUAAGGUAUACCUAGUAUAUGUUGGUGGACAGAAAUAACUAAGUAUAAAACGGCACCACUUGAAGUAGGUUUGUGACUUGACGUGAUGCCGUUAUGUAAAGUCCCCUGCUAACCGCCUGCCUAGCUUCGAAUAAUCGCAAUAAAACUUAAGAUAAUAUAAAAUUAAGGUAGGUACCUAAACUUACAAAUUACGUAAAUAAUCUAGGUAUCACAAAACGUCUAAAACCCUACUAAUAUAAUAAAAAUGUAUCUAUUUUUUGUCCAAAAGUAUGAUACUACUUAUAUGUAUAUUUAUUGUGAAAACUUUUUAAAUUUGUUAUUUCAAGAUUGUUUUGUCUGAUAUAGUUAAACCUAUUCAAUUUAAGUACACUUAAUUAGGAGUUUUUACGUUACCUGCUUCUCGAAAUUUGAUAUACCUAUCUACAUAUUUUGAUCUGAUUUAAUGGGUGUGGCGAUAACACCGCGCUCCUUUACGAGCCCCGAUGCUAGUUUUUUUUGUACCUCAAGGGUGGCAAAACAAGCGUGCGGAGUUCCCAGCUACUAAUGAAGAAAACGUUUUGAAAUUUUUUCCUAUUUAUUUCGUUUCAUUAGUUAAAUAUUUUUAUCUUUAACCUUAACCGCAGGUCCAUCGCCAAAGACCGAUUAAUUCGUCACAGGCCACAGAGCAACAUAGACCAACCCAACGUGCAUGUGCAUGAAGUUCAAUUUCAGUUUUAACACUUCGGUGAUGUGGCGUCCGUGUGACAGCUUUUGUGUUUGACACGGCGUCGAAAAGGUUAAGCCUGACCGCCAUGACGUCAACUGACGCUCGCGGGUGGCUACAGCCCAAUAUCAACCAUAUCUUGCAUUCCGACAAGGUUCACGAUGGCACGCCGCACACGAUGGCCGUGGCGUUCAAAACAUACGUACAUUGCUAGCGCGUGCUACGCGCUACUAGCGUAGCCGAUACACUUAUUUUCCAGCGCCUACCAUACGAACAGAAUACUUGACUUGACUUGAUUUGAA